UUAAAAAUCCCAAAAUAAUAAUUUUUUUAAUAGUAAAAAUGGAAAAAUGAAAAAAAUAAAAGUAAAAAAAAAAACAAACCGCUAAGCAGAGCACAGGAGGGAGGCAUUGGUCAAUUCCAAUCAAUACAAUCUUCUCUCUCUCUCUUGUUCACGCGGAGAGAGAUCUGAAACUUCUGAUCUCUGAUUCGCUCUCUGUCUCUCUCUCAGAAUUUUCAUUCCGAAAAUCUCCCUGAAUUAGCAACCCGUUGUUUUUAUUAUUAUUAUUAUUAUUAUUAUUUUUUAUUAGUCCAUUUUCUACGGAUCAGAUCCAUAGCAGCCAUUGUUGAAGCUUUGGAAAAUUUGCAGAGCAGGCGAAGAUGAUAACAGUACCGUAUUUGACCGCUUUGACCACCUACUUUAGCUAUGGUUUGCUCUUCGCCUUUGGCCAAUUCCGAGACUUUUUCAGGAAAAUCUUCGAUUGGUGGCAUGCUAGCAAUCUCCAGGGGUACGCGCCGAUCUGUCUAGGGCUUGAAGAUUUCUAUAUUCGUCGUUUGUAUCUUCGAAUUCAGGACUGUUUUGGGCGACCAAUAGCUAGUGCUCCUGAUGCUUGGUUUGAUGUGGUUGAGCGCCUCUCUAAUGACAAUAAUAAGACACUAAAACGAACAACAAAGAUUAGCAGGUGUCUUAACUUGGGGUCGUACAACUAUCUAGGCUUUGCUGCAGCUGAUGAAUAUUGUACACCUCGUGUAAUAGAUUCAUUGAAGAAGUUUUCUCCGAGUACUUGCAGUGCUCGUGUUGAUGGAGGAACUACAACACUACAUGAACAACUGGAGGAGUGCGUUGCAGAUUUUGUUGGAAAGCCAGCUGCCAUAGUAUUUGGCAUGGGUUAUGUGACAAACUCUGCCAUCCUUCCAGUUAUUAUGGGGAAGGGAGGAUUGAUAAUUAGUGAUUCAUUGAAUCAUAACUCAAUUGUUAAUGGUGCUCGAGGCUCAGGAGCUACCAUUCGUGUUUUCCAACAUAAUAUGCCAUCACACCUGGAGAAAGUUUUGAGAGAGCAAAUUGCUGAAGGACAACCUAGGACACACAGACCAUGGAAGAAGAUUAUUGUUGUUGUAGAGGGAAUAUACAGCAUGGAAGGCGAACUCUGCAAGCUUCCAGAAAUCGUUGCAAUUUGCAAGAAAUAUAAAGCAUAUAUUUACCUGGAUGAGGCUCACAGCAUUGGAGCAGUUGGAAAAACAGGAAGAGGUGUCUGUGAAUUGUUAGGAGUUGACACAGCUGAUGUAGAUGUCAUGAUGGGAACUUUUACAAAAUCAUUUGGAUCAUGUGGUGGUUAUAUUGCUGGAUCUAAGGAGCUUAUAAAAUUUCUUAAAUAUACAUGCCCAGCUCAUCUUUAUGCGACGUCAAUAUCACCUCCAGCUGCUGAACAAAUCAUAUCUGCUAUUAAGGUUAUUCUUGGAGAGGAUGGCAGUAGUAGAGGUGCUCAGAAACUUGCACGUAUUCGUGAAAACAGCAACUUCUUCAGAUCUGAGCUGCAGAAAAUGGGCUUUGAGGUUCUUGGAGAUAAUGAUUCUCCUGUAAUGCCCAUAAUGCUUUACAAUCCGGCAAAAAUUCCUGCUUUCUCUAGGGAAUGUCUCAAUCAGAAUGUGGCAGUUGUGACGGUUGCUUUUCCAGCAACACCUCUACUUUUGGCUAGGGCACGUAUUUGCAUAUCUGCCUCCCAUACCAAGGAAGACCUUCUCAAAGCCCUGGAGGUUAUUAGCCGAGUUGGUGACAUGGUGGGUAUAAAAUAUUUCCCUGCUGAGCCCAUGAAACAGCAGCAGCAGGAGGAAGGCCGUAUCAAGGUGGAAUAAAGCCACCAUAUUCUCUACUCUCUCAAAAGUGAAUUGUUUUGUAAUUGAGCUUUUAGUUCUGAUCCAACCACUAAUUAAAAAAGUAAAUCCUCCAGAGGUAGUGUUCCAGACUUGUUCUCUGUGAACCAGGAAGGUUUAUUUUCACAUGUCCAGUCUUACAGAUCCCAGAUGUUCUUUUUCUUCUUCUUCUUCUUCGGUCUUUGUGUCUCUGUCCUUCUAGGGGGUAUUCGUGGUGUACUACUACUUGUGAUCUUUCUUGCGAUUUUGGUAUGUUAAUGUAUAGAAAAACGGCUUUAUUUGGUUGAAUACGAUUGUAUCCUCUUUUUUC